AUGAAGAAGAGCAACCCGGGCAGACGGGUAGGAGCGGAAAUCCCGUUUUCUCUUUAACACUCCGCGGGUUUAGAUUUGUAUUUAUUUCAUCACUCUUUCACCCCUCAUCCUCAUCCCUCCAUCCUCAUCCCCCCAUUCUCAUCAGAUUGCGGGAUUAUUAUUCUGAGUAUGUGCGUGUGAAACAUCAAAGAAAGUCAUGAGAGAAAACCUCAAUCUAAAAACCUGCAGAUUUAUUUCAGCUCAAAUUUAAGGUUAAAACUCUGAAUCUGUAAAAAUAAGGAAAUUAAAUUACAGACCUAAUUAUUGUAGAGUGUAAAAUAUUCACAGAGGAAUCCCUUCUGCUGUCUGCAGAUUUAUGUAAAUCACUGCACAGCACAAUAACCAUCACUCUCAACAUUUUCACUUUAAACUCCAACAGGAUCAGAACCAGAACCAUGAUUCUGAUUAUUAAUGAAACUGUAAAUCCAGAUCUGUGUCUUAAUUCAGUGAAACAUGAAUAUUUAAUCCGAACUGUAGGUUAGUUGGUGCAGAAAUUUUUCUGCUGUUUCUGUGAAUCAUUCAUGAGAUUAAAAUCAUCAGUGAGGAAGAGGAGAACAAAUCCCGAACCUUCAGGCUGAGAAAACCGUCCAGAUCGAACGCCUGACUGGACCGUACCAAGAUCAGGUUUAUGUUUGAAUGUAGUUUAAAUUCACACUAGAUUUAAAAUUACAACCACGUCUUAAAUCCCAAUUUCUAUCUUGUAGUCUUAAAGUUUGUGAAUGUCUCUGCUGUCGAUUCUUCCUCCUGUAUUGUCUACAGUAUAAUUUAAGUAUAAUCUCUAUAUAAAAUAGAUCAGUGGUUCUCAACUGGUCUCACUCUGGGACCCACAUUUUCCCAUGGUCCUUAAAUUGUAACCGGUUUUUAUAAAAUUCAAACCAGGCAAAUGUUAUAUAUAUUUAAAAAAACUCUACAGACUCAAAUAUUUAACAUUAAUACACCAGUUUUGUUGAGUAAAGUGCAUUUCAGAACAUAUGAACUGAGGACGACAACUACUGAAGUUGCUUGAACAGAAAAUAUCAAAUUGCACAGAAUGGAGACCAGCAAAAUGAAAAAUUUGACUUAUUUGCAUCUCUGCAUUCAGAGCAUAUUCAGAAGAACCUGAGGAGGACAAAAGUGAAAAAAUAUCAUAUUAAACAAAAUAAAGACCAUAAAAAAAACAUGUAUUUUUACUGCAUUAAGGUUACUGAGAAACCAAGGAGGACCACGACAAAACGCGUGCCUUUUCAAAAUAAGCCAUUGUUCAAAAUAAAAUACGUCAAACAUCAGAUGCUCAUCAAAUAUUUCCUUUUUUAACCAUCUGUUCCCAACCCAUCAAGAUCGUGUCCCCGACCCACUUUUGUGUCAUGACCCACCAAUUGAGAACCACCGAUAUAGCGCGACUCCACAUGACUUCAGGUUUCAGCUCACAGACAAUAAGCAUUUUACCAAAAACCAACCCGAUCAAUCAAAGAGGAGGAAAGAGGACUUUACAAACCCGACAUCAGAACCACAGCAAACAAACAAACAGCACAUAUGACUUAUGAAUGAGAUCUCAUGAGCGCCUCCUUUGGUCACAUCUGUAAAUUAAAUUCCUCAGAAAUCUUCGGGUUCUGUGACUGAGAGGAUCCGGUUUUAGUCCAAAGUGUGAGGACAUCACUGAAGGUUCUGUAGUUCAGAGGGUAUUAGACAAGGUGGGUGAUCGGCCAAGUUCAAUUCAUGUCAUCAGCAUACAGGACCAACAGAACCAACAGAACCAACAAGACCAACAGGACCAACAGAACCAACAAGACCAACAGGACCAACAGAACCAACAAGACCAACAAGACAAACAGGACCAACAGAACAAACAAGACCAACAGAACCAACAGGACCAAUAGAUCCAAACGGACAAACGGAACAAACAGUACCAGCAAAACCAACAAAACCAAAAGGACAGACAAAACUAAAAGGUCCAAUCAGACCAACAGGAACAACAGAACUAACAGGACCAACAGAACCAAUGGGACCAACAGGACCAACAGAACCAACAGAACCAAAAGGACCAACAGGACCAACAGAACCAACGAGACCAACAGGACCAACAGGACCAACAGGACCAACAGAACCAACGAGACCAACAGGACCAACAGGACCAACAAAACCGAUGGGACCAACAGAACCAACAGGACCAACAGAACCAAUGGGACCAACAGGACCAACAGAACCGAUGGGACCAACAGAACCAACAGGACCAACAGAACCAAUGGGACCAACAGGACCAACAGAACCAACAGGGCCGACAGAAGCAACAGAAACAACUAGACCAACGGACCAACAGGACCAACAAGAGCAACAGAACCAACUGGACCAACAGAACCAAAAGGACCAACAGGACAGACAGAACCAACAGAACCAACAGGACCAACAGAACCAACAGGGACCAACAGGACCAACAGAAUCAACAGGGCCGACAGAACCAACAGAAACAACAGGACCAACAGAACCAACUAGACCAACAGGACCAACAGAACCAACAAGAGCAACAGAACCAACUGGACCAACAGAACCAAAAGGACCAACAGGACAGACAGAACCAACAAGACCAACAGGACCAACAGGACUGACAGAACGAACAGAACCAACAAGACCAACAGGACCAACAGAACCAAAAGGAGCAACAGGACCAACAGAACCAACAGAACAAACAUGACCAACAGAACCAAUGGGACCAAAAGGACCAACAGGACAGACAGAACCAACAAGACCAACAGGACCAAUAGAACCAACGAGACCAACAGGACCAACAGAACCAAUGGGACCAACAGAACCAACCGGACCAACAGAACCAAUGGGACCAACAGGACCAACAGAACCAACAGGGCCGACAGAACCAACAGAAACAACUAGACCAACAGGACCAACAGAACCAACAAGAGCAACAGAACCAACUGGACCAACAGAACCAAAAGGACCAACAGGACAGACAGAACCAACAGAACCAACAGGACCAACAGAACCAACAGGGACCAACAGGACCAACAGAACCAACAGGGCCGACAGAACCAACAGAAACAACAGGGCCAACAGAACCAACUAGACCAACAGGACCAACAGAACCAACAAGAGCAACAGAACCAACUGGACCCAACAAAACCAAAAGGACAGACAAAACUAAAAGGUCCAAUCAGACCAACAGGAAAUACAGAACUAACAGGACCAACAGAACCAAUGGGACCAACAGGACCAACAGAACCAACAGAACCAAAAGGACCAACAGGACCAAUAGGACCAACAGAACCAACGAGACCAAGAGGACCAACAGGACCAACAGAACCAACGAGACCAACAGGACCAACAGGACCAACAGAACCGAUGGGACCAACAGAACCAACAGGACCAACAGAACGAAUGGGACCAACAGAACCAACAGGGCCGACAGAACCAACAGAAACAACUAGACCAACGGACCAACAGGACCAACAAGAGCAACAGAACCAACUGGACCAACAGAACCAAAAGGACCAACAGGACAGACAGAACCAACAAGACCAACAGGACCAACAGAACCAACAGGGACCAACAGGACCAACAGAAUCAACAGGGCCGACAGAACCAACAGAAACAACAGGACCAACAGAACCAACUAGACCAACAGGACCAACAGAACCAACAAGAGCAACAGAACCAACUGGACCAACAGAACCAAAAGGACCAACAGGACAGACAGAACCAACAAGACCAACAGGACCAACAGGACUGACAGAACCAACAGAACCAACAAGACCAACAGGACCAACAGAACCAAAAGGAGCAACAGGACCAACAGAACCAACAGAACAAACAUGACCAACAGAACCAAUGGGACCAAAAGGACCAACAGGACAGACAGAACCAACAAGACCAACAGGACCAACAGGACCAACAGAACCGAUGGGACCAACAGAACCAACAGGACCAACAGAACCAAUGGGACCAACAGGACCAACAGAACCAACAGGGCCGACAGAACCAACAGAAACAACUAGACCAACAGGACCAACAGAACCAACAAGAGCAACAGAACCAACUGGACCAACAGAACCAAAAGGACCAACAGGACAGACAGAACCAACAGAACCAACAGGACCAACAGAACCAACAGGGACCAACAGGACCAACAGAACCAACAGGGCCGACAGAACCAACAGAAACAACAGAGCCAACAGAACCAACUAGACCAACAGGACCAACAGAACCAACAAGAGCAACAGGCCCAACUGGACCCAACAGAACCAAAAGGACCAACAGGACAGACAGAACCAACAAGACCAACACGACCAACAGAACCACUAAGACCAACAGGACCAACAGAACCAACAGAACCAACAGUAACGACAGAACCAACAAGACCAACAAGACCGACAGGACUGACAGAACCAACAGAACCAACAGGACCAACAGUACCAACGGGACCAACAAAAUCAACAGGACCAACAGAACCAAUGGGACCAACAGAACCAACAGGGCCAACAGAGCCAACAGAAACAACAGGACCCACAGAACCAACUAGACCAACAGGACCAACAGAACCAACAAGAGCAAAAGAACCAACAAGACCAACAGGACCAACAGGACAGAUAGAACCAACAAGACCAACAGGACCAACAGAACCAACAAGAGCAAAAGAACCAACAAGACCAAAAGGACCAACAGGACAGAUAGAACCAACAAGACCAACAGGACCAACAGAACCAACAGAACCAACAAGAACAACAGGACCAACAGAACCAACAGGACCAACAUGACCAACAGUACCGACAGAACUGACAGAACCAACAAGACCAACAGGUCCAGAUCACUGUUCUGUGUCAUUUGAGAUUUAAGUCGUGAGUUUACGAGAAUAAAGUCAUUAAUUUAUGAGAAUAAAGUCAUAACCUGUUAUUUCAGAGGGGAGUUGUUAAAAUUAGGGCCAUGAAGCAUUUAAAGGAACUUCAGUACAGGUUUCACAAACAAGGAGAUUCUUCAUCCUCUGGCACAUCAGCAUGACAUUGUCACAAGUUUAAAAACCUAAAAAGAAUAUAUGAGAAAUACGUCUUUUCCACGGGGAAAAAAACUGGUGUACUUGGAGGAAAUCGCUGCUUUUGUGGAGGCAGAAAUGAAUAUGCUGAGGAUAUAUCUGUCAAUGCAGCCGUAAAUAGACGUGAAUGACAUUGAGCUUUAGUUUAUGAUAUGAAUCCAUAUGCAGUAAUAAGGUGUUGGUGUCUCUGCAGGUGUAGGUUACCGCCGGUGUCAGAGACGUGGUGCUCGUCGGAGCUCGACUCCCUCUGGAUCACAAAUGUUGAUCAUCAGUUGGAUUGUUUCUUCAGAAACCACAAAAUCUCUCUGAAUGACCCGCUGAUACAUCCACAGAUAACCCUGCAGAUGACCAGCUUCAGUCAUUUCCCCCUCCACAAAAGCAGCUUUAUGACUUUAUAUACUUUAUGACUUUAUUCUCCUGAAUUUACAACUUUAAUCUCUAAGUCUUUAAAAAAAAAAAAAAACUUAAUGUUGUCCUGAUACUCUGCUGUAGUUUUGUCAGCUUUCUUAUUUCUAAUGUUUUUGAUUGUUGAAGCAGAGCGGAUCAGUUCGUCUCUAAAUACUAUAAUGUUUGGUUUACAGAUUUUAAUGAGCUCAUGCAGCCUAAGCUGACUGUCUGCUGUUUUUGGAUUUCUUGUUUUUUCUUUAAAGACGCGCUGCGUCUCCAAGCGAGUCCAGCCUCUCACCCGAAAUGCGCAGCUGUGCAGCGGCACGCAAAGAAUUCUAGGAUACCAAGGGCACAAAAGCGUGCAUAAAUGCGCGCUUGAAAAAUGCUAAGCUUUCUUAGCAUUUCGUGCCAAAUGGGACACCGUUCGCGCCGCGUGAUGACAUCAUGCAUGCUUGGUGUUUUGUUGUGAUUUUGUUGGUGUUUUUUUGGGGUGUUUCAUUUCGUGUUUUUUUUUUUUUGGUGGGUUUUUUUGGUGUUUUUGUUUGUUUUUGUUUUGUUUUUUGCCUGUCUGGGGUUUGUUGUGUUUUAUGGCUUUUAGACUUGGGUCAGAUGUUUGCUGAUUGGUUGUGAUUGUGGUUCUGUGUGUUUACUGUCUGGCUGUUUAUGGUGUGUGUGUGUUUCUUUUUGGGUUAAUGAAGGACACUCAGUGUGUUUCAGAGUUAGGGUGACACUGCGGUUUAAUUACUGUCCAGUUUUCUGUGUGUCUGUGUUGUCAGAACAUGGUCGAUGUUUUCUGUGUGUUAAUUGAGUAUUUUUUGUGUGUCUGUUGUGUGUGUGUGUGUGUGUGUGUGUGUGUUACAGGGCGUUCAGGACUCGGUCCAGCAGCCGGUACAGCAGAUGGAGAAGGCCGGUUGGAUCAGGAAGUUUUGUGGUCGUGGGAUCUUCAGGGAGCUGUGGAGGAGUCGCUUCAUCCUGCUGAGAGGAGAACGUCUCUACAUCUCCGACAAAGAGGUGAGGCAUGUUUAUGAAAACUUUCUUUGUCCAAUCACAGGGUCUGUACUGAACAGACUCCUCCCACAGGCUCAGUUUGAUCCUUCACAGACGCCAUUCAAAGAUUCAAACUUGACAUGUCAGGAGUUUUGGUCAAAAAGACGCCAAAGUUUCAUGAGUCAUCAAUGAUCAAUCAGGUAUAAUUUCACAAGUUUGAUGAGUCCUUCAUCUUGGGAGUAAAUAACCACAGAGAUAGCGCCACCUUCUGGAACUGGAAAUGACACAUCUACGAGUUAAUGCACCUUUUAGUACUUCGCUCAAGCGGCAACAUCUGGAGUUAAAAAUGAAGCCUGAUGUUUUGAGAUGGUUUGGUCUGAUACCGAAUAUUUCAUGUUUUUAGUCAGGAAACAGAAAAAAAAAUACUCAAACUUUUUAAAGGAAGAAAAGAAGUGUAAAGAAAAAAAAAUAUUUAUGAAAAAACAACAACUUUUGGAGUCAGUUUUUACAAGCUGCAAAAAGAAAAACAUAGAAGUCUCCAGACUUGCAGCUCCUUAUGUGUCCACCAGAGGUCGUCUCCCAAAGUGAGUCAGACCCCAUAGAGCCCCAUGUUAACCUUAAAAGCAGGGAUAAACCAUAGACUGUAUAUAAGAUGGACAACCUGGCUCCGCCUUCCGCCUGUAUACGGAUUUGAAGCCAAAAAGCUCUCUGUAAUUCCUUGUUUUUCACCACUUCCUUGAAACCAGAGCUGCGCAGUAGCGAUGCGCGCAUUCGGCCGCGCAGUCGCCAAGAGUCCCUGUGAUGACGCUCGGCUCAAACAGCGCAUCCCCCCGGGAGAGCGACACAAUCCCUGAACGCCCAUAGGCUGUAUCAGGUGUCAAUCAUAGCAAACAUGAACCCCCUAAUAACUUUUAAAAACUGAGCUGUACAGAAAAAAAAAGGACUUGAGCACAAACCAGUCUGACAGUAACUACAUGUCAACAUCACAAGCGGGGGGGAGAAAAAUUUAUGUUCUGUGUAAUAAAUUUCUAAAGUUUGUCCACAGUCCCAUAAGCUUUGCUGGCGGAGGCGGGAUUUAUGACCUGUACUGCAGCCCACCAUCAGAGGGUGCUGUUCUUGGAGUGGCUUCACCCAGCGAGGAGGCAGACUCUGUCCAUUCUUUAUACAGUCUAUGGGAUAAACACAUUAACUCUGUGGAAAACAAAAACAGACACGGUCUUAAAACUCUAAAAACAGUCUGUCAGGGGUCAGGGAUCGGUUUGGAUUUGCUGCAACUGAAUUAUCUGUGAGAACUAAGAUCCGAGAACUGAGGACUGAGGUCUGAGGACUAAGAUCUACAGACUAAGGACUGAGAACUGAGAUCUGAUGACUGAGGGCUGAGAUCUGAAGACUGAGAGCUAAGGCCUGAGAACUGAGAUCUGAGGACUAAGGGCUAAGAACUGAGAACCAAGAAAUGAGGACUGAGGGCUGAGAUCCAAAGACUGAGAUCUGAGGACUGAGGACUAAGAACUGAGGACUGAGAACUCAGAACUGAGGACUGAGAACUCAGAGCUGAGGACCGAGGGCUAAGGACUGAGAACUGAGGGCUGAGACCUUAGGAUGGGGGUUAAGGACUGAGAACUAAGAACUGAGGACUGAGGGCUGAGAUCUGAUGACUGCAGUCUAAAGACUGAGAACUGAGAUCUGAUGACUGAGGGCUGAGAUCUGAUGACUGAGGGCUGAGAACUGAGGAGUAAAACUGAGUACUGAGGACUGAGGACUAAGAACUGAGAUCUGAGGGCGGAGGGCUGAGAUCUGAGGACUGAGAGCUAAGGCUUGAGAACUGAGAUCUGAGGACUAAGGGCUAAGAACUGAGAACCAAGAAAUGAGGACUGAGGGCUGAGAUUCAAGGACUGAGGGCUGAGAUCCAAAGACUGAGAUCUGAGGACUGAGGACUAAGAACUGAGGACUGAGAACUCAGAACUGAGGACCGAGGGCUAAGGACUGAGAACUGAGGGCUGAGAACUGAAGACUGGGGUCUAAGAACUGAGAACCGAUAACUGAGAACCAAGAUCUGAGAACUAAGAGCUGCGAUCUUAGGACAGAGGGCUAAGAACUAAGUACUGAGAACUGAGUACUGAGGACUAAGGACUAAGAUCUGAGACCUGAGGGCUGAGACCUUAGGAUGGGGGUUAAGGACUGAGAACUAAGAACUGAGGACUGAGGGCUGAGAUCUGAUGACUGCAGUCUAAAGGUCCUUACACACCGGCGAAUUUGCGGAGCGAAGCGAAAUAGCGAGACGAAAAGUGCGAAUAUUCGCAGGUCCGAAAAAUCGCUUUCGCCUAUACACACCGGCCGCAAAGCGAAUAUAUGCAUAUAUUUUUUGCAAAGCGAAUUAAUAAAGUCGCUUUGCGGCACGGAGGAGAGGAGAUGCAGGGUGGUCCUGUACCGCAAUUACCAGCCUCUCUCCCAUCGUUGCUCUUGGUGCCAGUGAUGGUGUGUGUCGUGUGAAUGGCUGCUGAUUGACAUGUCUAGCAUUAUGAGCGAGGGAGAAAGAGGAGGAAAAGCUGAGAGAGACGCCGCAGCAGCCAGGAGAGGCGAGGGCUGAGCAGUGAUCCUUCAAGUUGUCUGGUCAUUCUGUUGGCCCUGUAGCUGCAGAUCAUCGGUAUGUCAAACAGCUGAGAGGGAGAAUCAGGCAUGAUGAGGCGGUCACCCUGUGAAGUGUGCAUGACAUCUGUCUCCUAAGGAAGACAAGAGAGUGCCAUCUUGUGAGAAAACUACUUCAUUUGUAAUUAGAAAGAGUUUUGGAUGCACCUCAGCUGUCUUUGUCUGCGUUUUCAUAAUCUCAAACUUCUCCCUCUCCUCCAGCCGUAUGGGUCUGUGACGUCAUCAACAACAUGACUUUUGAUUGGCCAGAGGUCUAGCAGGUCCAGAUAUUCGCCUGCAAAUAUCCGAAAAAUUCGACACAGGAGCGAAAAAAUAAAAGCGGCUUUUCGCCCCGCGGAAAAAUCGCCGCCAGUGUGGAAGCUUGCAUUGACUUUAUGCUGUUUUAAAAAAAGGCAAAUAAUUCGCCUGGCGAAUUCUCGCCCGGUGUGUAAGGACCUUAAGGACUGAGAACUGAGGGCUGAAAUCUGAGAGCUGAGGGCUGAAAUCUACAGACUGAGAGCUGAGAUCUGAGAACUGAGGGCUGAAAACUGAGGGCUAAGGACUGAGAGCUGAGAACUGAGGGCUAAGGACUGAGAAUUGAUGACUGAGAGCUGUAAUCUGAAAACUGAGAUAUGCGGACUGAGGGGUUGAGAUCUUAGGACUAAGGGCUGAGAACUGAGGACUGAAGGGUUAAGAACUUUGGACUGAGAUCUUAAGACUCAGGGCUUAGAUCCAAGGACUGAGGGCUGAGAUCUUGGGACUGAGGGCUAAUAAUUGAGGAAUGAGAACUCAGAACUGAGGACUGAGGGCUAGGGGCUGAGAACUGAGAUCCGAGGACUGAGGGCAAAGAACUGAGAUCUGAGAACUGAGGACUGAGAACUCAGAACUGAGGACUGAGGGCUAAAGACUGAGAACUGAGGGCUGAGAACUGAGGGCUGAGGUUUAAGGACUGAGGGCUGAGAACUGAAGACUGAGUUCUAAGGACUUAGAACUGAGGACCGAGAUCUGAGGACUAAGAGCUGAAAAUCUUAGGACUGAGGGCUAAGAACUGAGUACUGAGGACUGAGGGCUAAGAACUGAGAACUGAGAUCUGAGGACUGAGGGCUAAGAACUAAGAAUUGAGGACUGAUGGUUGAGAACUGAGGACUGAGAACUGAGUACUUAGGGCUAAGGACUGAGAUCUGAGGGCGGAGGGCUGAGAUCUGAAGACCGAGGGCUACGAACUAAGAACCAAGAAAUUAGGAUUGAGAACCGAUAACUGAGGACUGAUAUCUGAAAUCUUAGGACUGAGGCUAAGAACUGAGUACUGAGGGCUAAGGACUUAGAACUGAGAUCUGAGGGCUGAGUGCUGAGAUCUGAGGACUGAGGGCUAAGAACCAAGAACUAAGAAUUGAGGACUGAGGGCUGAGAUUAAAGGAUUGAGGGCUGAGAACUAAGGGCUAAGAACUAAGGAUGAGGGCUGAGAUCUGAGGACUGCGGUCUUAAGACUAAGAACUGAGGGCUGAGAAUUGAGAACUGGGGACUGAGAUUUUAGGACUGAGGACUGAGAUCUGAAAACUAAGAACUGAGAAAUGAGGACUAAAGGCUGAGAUCUGUGGACUGAGAACUGAGGGCUGAGAUCUGAGGACUGUGGUCUAAGGACUGAGGGCUGAAAACUUAAGACUGAGGACUCAGCUCUGAGGACUGAGGGUUAAGGAUUAAGGGCUGAGAUCUGAGAUCGGAGGACUGAGAUCUACAGACUGAGGGCUGAGAUCUGAGGAUUGAGGUCUGAAAACUGAGGACUGAGUUCGGAGAUCUGAGGACUGAGGGCUUAGAACUGGAGACUGAGGACUGUGCUCUGAGGACUGAGGGUUAAGGAUUGAGGACUGAGGGCUGAGAGCUGACGACUGACGGUUGAGAUCUACAGACUAAGGGCUAAGAUCUGAGGACUAAGCACUGAGAACUGAGGACUAAGGAUUGAGGACUGAAGUCUGAGAACUAAAGACUGAGAUCUGAGGACUGAGGGUUGAGAUUUAACGACUGAGGGCUGAGAUCUGAGGACUAAGAACUGAGGACUGAGAACUGAGGACUGAGAACUGAGGACUGAGGACUGAGGGCUGAGAACUGAGGACUGAGAACUGAGGACUGAGGACUGAGCUCUGAGGACUGAGGGUUAAGGGUUGAGGGUUGAGAACUGUGGAUGAAACUCACUGCUCCUUUUGCAGCUGGUGAUUUCAGCCUGUUGGACAGGACAGAGAGGAUUGUGGGUAAUGUCUGACGGGUCCUUUAGCGUGGAGUCUUAGUGUCAGUAGCUAUUUCCUGUCAAAGAGGUUCAGAUUUUCGUCCUCAGAUAUUCAUCGCCUGAUUCACACGUUCAUUCAGGAUUCAGUCUGUAGACAUGAACUCCGAUGAUGACGCAUCAAUCACUCUUCCUUCCUUUUUUCCCUCCUUCUUUCCUUCUUACAUUCCUUUCCUUUCCCUCCUUCUUUCCUUCCUUUUGUUAUAUUCAGAUUCAGAUACCAAAUGCAGCUCCACCAAUCACAGACCGUGCAUGUGUGUGUGUGUGUGUGUGUGUGUGUGUGUGUGUGUGUGUGUGUGUGUGUGUGUUAGUGUAUCUCAGGUCACACAGAAAAACACACUCUCUCUCUCUCUCUCUCUCCAUUCCUCCCAGGAUAUUUAGUGUUUAUAAAGACAGUGUGACAUCACAGGUCACAUGACCCCUGGCUGUGAGUCAGCGUUGUUCAGAGAUGACUCGGCAUUCUCAGAGCUCCAGAGAUGAUCACAUGAUCACGCUUCAGACCUUAAACGCGGGGGGUCUAACUCUGCUGUUAGACCCAGGGAUGUGUAGUUAUAAAAAAGUCAGAGCAUCCAAUCAUAAACAAGGGGGCGUGUCUCUAAAUUAAAAAAACUUCCUGAUUGGCCAACUCUCCCCCAAUUUCCACUGAAAGGCUGUAUCCUCCAAUUGUAGCUGAUCGUAACCAUUCAAGUUAACGUGUCAAUUUCCACCGGCUUCUUUCCGUUCCUCUGCGGAUCGCCGGACUCCACAGCUGAUCGCAAGAGUUCUAUUUUUACAGAACGCCGGAGCACGCCUGAUAAAUUCAGCACAGAUUAACACGUGCUGGAAAGGAAGUCGGCCACAGACACAAAAUAAAACAUCCAGCUUCUUUUCAAAAUAAAACACUCCAUGUUUCAGGAGGAUUGUAUUUCACACCAUGCAAACGAGCAGAGAUGAACAAGUGAAAGGUUUCUGGACGUUAUUUCACCCCGAUGACACCAUGGAUGAGGAGAUGCUGAUUCUAGAAGUCUAGAAGUAGAUUUCCUUCUCUGGAAGGACACAAUCUACUGCUUAUAUGUCUAUGUGUCUGUCUUUGUAGAGACAACUCGUUAUCGCGCGAUUGAACGUGAAUCCGCAAGUUCUUGUGAGUUCUCACGAUUACUGCUGACCAUAAUCCGAAAUUCACCUCACAAACAGAUCUGGUAGGAAUUGGUGGAGGGCGAAAAUCGCAGGGUGAGACCUUCAGGAUGAAGUUUUGAGAUCCAGCUUUGCUCUUCUUCUUCUUCUGUUUCCUCCUCCCUUUUCAUUCAUUCAUUCAUUCAUUCGUUCAUUUUUCUUUUCUGUCCCUGAUUCAAAGUCUCUGAUUGUCUGAGGGUCCCUGAAUGCGUCACAGAGGACAGAUGUUCCCCGGUGGUGCGUUCAGGUGCAGUCGGUGUGUCUGAAUGUUAUUUUAUAUAAGAGAGUUAUGUAAGUGUUCACAGCAGAGAGGAUUCUGGGACGCUGAGUCAGACUGAGACACACACACACACACACACACACACACACACACACACACACAGAUCAGACUUUGAAUUUCAAAACUCUUGGAUUUUAAGCACGUAUUUUUAUUUCUGACACUUUUUUUCUUACAAUGAUGAAAAAAAUAAAUGGAAAAAAAUCAGUCUUUCAAAAUAUUUAUUUAGUAAAAAUUUGACUUAAAAAACUGUGUAGAAAAAAAUUCAGUUUCAAAAAAAUUCAGUGUAAAACAGACCGACUUAACAUCCGAGUAACCAGGAAGAAGCAAUCAAUCAUCCAUUUUCCAGCCAAUCAAAUAAUGCCAGAUUGGUCAUGUGGCAUUGACCCCAGUGAGCCACUAAUCGAUUGCUUCUCCCUGAUUACCCAAAUGUUGAGACGAUUUCUUUUACUCUGACUUUUUGACUCUGACCCUUUUUUCAUUGUGAUAUUUUUGUUUCCACAGAUUUUUUAAGUUGAAUUUUUACUAAACGAAUAUUUUAAGAGACCGAUUUUUUUACACUGAAUUUACUUCAACGUUGUGAAAAAAAUAAAUGUCAGAAAUAAAAAUAUGUGCUUGAGAUUUGAUGGUUUUGAAGCUCAAAGUCUGAUUUUGAUGCAAAAAAAUUUCCGUUUUAGAAAUUCAUAUUCAAAUUCAGAUGGCAUAGAUCAACUUCCAUACGAGGUGUUUGUUCGGAGAAACUCGACUAGAAACAGGUCUGACCUCCUGACAGAGUUAAGGGACGGUUUGUGUUUUUGACCAAGGAGGAUGGCGGUCCGGUUAGGUCGGCGUCGUUAAUGAAGAACCCCUGAUAGAGACCGGAAGAAGGUCUUUCACUCUGAUUUAUCAGCGGGAAAAAAAACAAACUUGUUUCUAAUUUUGUUUUUUUCCGGAGGUCAAAUAAGCAGAAGAAUAGUGACUCGUGUCCACCAUGAGAGUGUGUGUGUUUGUGUGUGUGUGUGCGCACGCGCAUGUAUCUGUGUGUGCGCGUGCAUGUGUGUGUGUUUCAUGUGAUUAUGAUUUUUUUUCACUCUUGUUCUGUAUUUCAGCAGAACGUUGACCUAGAACACUUUAAUUCAGCUGCAGCCCAAGGGAGACCUAAGAGUGUGUGUGUGUGUGUGUGUGUGUGUGUGCGUGUUUGUGUGUGUGUGUGUGUGUGUGUGUGUGUACUUUCUCAUGCCAGGGGUCAACACUUUCAGACUAUUGGUCUGUUCUGUUUGUGUUUGUGAAGCUCAGAUCAAUCUCACUGCUGCGAUAUUGACGAAUAAUCAACAUCAACAGCUUCUGCAUGAAACACACGCACACACACACACACACACUCAGACCCUUAUGACCUUGUUAAUGUGAACACACUGAGGGUUCAGAGGGAUGUAAAGACACAUGGAGAUGGAGAUUUCAGAGCUGUGUGUUUUUACCGAUCAGUGUGUGUGUGUGUGCGUUUGUGUGUGAUUAAUAUAAGCAGUAUUUAUCUGUAGUAACAGCAGUAUUUAACUAUAGUAUUUUUAACUGUGUAUCAGCAGUUUUUAAAUGUAGUAACAGCAGUAUGUAACUAUAGUAUUUUGAACUUUAUUAUCAGCAGUAUUUGACUGUAGUAACAGCUGAAUUUAACUGUAGUAACGGCUGAAUUUAACUGUAGUAACAGCAGUAUUUUACUGUAAUAUCAGCAGUACUUAACUGUAGUAAUAGCUGUAUUUAACUGUUUUAACAGCAGGAUUUAACUGUAAUAUCAGCAGUAUUUAACUGUGUUUAAACCAGUAUUUAACUGUAGUAACAGCAGUAUUUAACUGUAGUAUUUUUAACUAUAUAUCAGCAGUAUUCAACUGUAGUAACAGCAGUAUUUAACUGUAAUAUCAGCAGUAUUUAACCGAAACAUCAGCAGUAUUUAAAUGUAGUAACAGCUGUAUUUAACUGUUGUAGCAGCAGUAUUUAACUGUAAUAUCAGCAGUAUUUAACUGUGGUAACAGCAGUAUUUAACUGUAAUAUCAGCAGUAUUUAACCGAAACAUCAGCAGUAUUUAAAUGUAGUAACAGCUGUAUUUAACUGUAAUAUCAGCAGUAUUUAACUGUGGUAACAGCAGUAUUUAACUGGAGUAGCAGCAGUAUUUAACUGUAGUAACAGCAGUAUUUAACUGCAUUUCAGCAGUAUUUAACUGUAUCAUUAGCAGUAUUUAACUGUAUAAUCAGCAGUAUUUAACUGUUGUAGCAGCAGUAUUUAACUGUGGUAACAGCAGUAUUUAACUGGAGUAGCAGCAGUAUUUAACUGUAGUAACAGCAGUAUUUAACUGCAUUUCAGCAGUAUUUAACUGUAUCAUUAGCAGUAUUUAACUGUAUAAUCAGCAGUAUUUAACUGUUGUAGCAGCAGUAUUUAACUGUAUAAUCAGCAGUAUUUAACUGUAGUAACAGCUGUAUUUAACUGUAAUAUCAGCAGUAUUUAACUGUGGUAACAGCAGUAUUUAACUGGAGUAGCAGCAGUAUUUAACUGUAGUAACAGCAGUAUUUAACUGCAUUUCAGCAGUAUUUAACUGUAUCAUUAGCAGUAUUUAACUGUAUAAUCAGCAGUAUUUAACUGUGGUAACAGCAGUAUUUAACUGCAUUUCAGCAGUAUUUAACUGUAUCAUUAGCAGUAUUUAACUGUAUCAUUAGCAGUAUUUAACUGUAGUAACAGCAGUAUUUAACUGUAGUAACAGCAGUAUUUAAUUGUAGUAUUUUCUCAGACGGUCUCUGUAGUAACAGCAGUAUUUCUCUGUAGUGACAUCAGUAUUUAACUGUAAUAUUUUUAAUUGUAGUAACAGCAGUAUAAAUCAGUAGUAGCAGUUGUAUUUUUCUGUAGUAUUUGGCAGCAGUAUUUCAGCCUCUCUCCUCAGACGGUCUCUGUAGUAGCAGUAGUAUUUAACUGUUGUAGCAGGAGUAUAUCACAGCAGUAUUUUCUCUGUAGUAUUUCACUGCAGUAUCUCUCUGUAGUAUAUCUCUGUUGUAUUUUACAGCAGUAUUUAACUGUAGUAUUAAAGCAGCCUCUCACCUCAGAUGGUCUCUCUGGAUUAAAGAUGAACGAGUUGAAUCGUCUCUGAUGAAUGAAACAUGGAAACCAAACGAAGUCACUGACUCGACUCAAACUGAAGCUCAUGAUUUAAACGCCCUCACUCUUCACGCUCGCCAGAUUUAAAUGCCGCCUGUCUGCUGAGAUCUGACACAGAGAUCCGACCCUGACUCGGAUUCACGGAGAAAUGACGACGUUUGGUUAUAAAUGAGAGGACAGGAUAAAUUUAAGUUUUACCUGAAAUCUAUUGAGACACGAUUUUAUAGCUUAAAUGUCUGAAACUCUGAGAGCAACCUAAAAUCCUGCAGACAUAAGAGACGCUUCAAAGUCAGUUUAAGCAGCAGGGGGCGCUCUCUGCCUCUAACUUCAUAUAGUAUAAUAUUGUCUGUUAUCGGUUUACAGCUGACUCUCUUAAAUUAUGCACACACGCACGCACGCACACACACACACACACACAGACAGCUUCCUGUGCACCAGGUGUUAUAACUGUGUUGCUGCAUGUGUGUGUGUGUGUGUGUCUUUGUGUGCUGUGAUCUCAGAGAUCCUUCAUAAGUGAUGAUGUCUCACUCUGAUUGUUCCUCCUUGGCUGUCAGGUGUAUAAAAUCAAGCACAGCUCAGAUUGACUGUGUGUGUGUGUGUGUGUGUGUGUGUGUGUGUGUGUGUGUGUGUGUGUGUGUGUGUGUGUGUGUGUGUGUGUGUUUGCAGGUGAAGGACGAGAGGAAGGCUCAGGAAGUCUUCGACCUGGCGGACUACGAGCGUUCGGAGGAGUUGAGGAAAGCCAAGAGUCGCAGUAAGAAGAACCACAGCCGCUUCACGCUGCUGCGCUGCAGACAGCCGGGAAACACAGUGAGUCACAUGACACAACACACACACACACACACACACACACACACACACACACACACACACACACACACACCCCGAGCUAACAUAUCCUGAAUACUGGUGCAGUCAGUCUGUUGGUGUUUUAGUUGCACUUCUGUGUCUUACCCUGUAAAUGGCACUCUUUUUUGGACUUUUUAAAAUGGGCCUCUACGGGGACUGACUCACAGAUGGACAGGGCCCUCUGGUGGACAAUUGGGGACCUGUAGUUUGGGGAUGUCUUGAUCAGCCUUGUUUCUAAGCUGUGUAAAGAACAUAUUGAUUGUUUAACAUUUUUACAUAUUUUCUGAUUUUUUUACUCAAAGAUUUUGUUGUUUUGGUUCCUGAUAAGAAAAUAAAAUCUGAAAACCCAGAUCUAAAUCACUGAGUCAAAAAAUACGUCAGGCCUUAAAGCUAAACACUCGUGUUAGCAUGCUAACAGGCUUUUCUGGUUUUCAGAGCUGAUAUAAAACAAAUGAAGAGUUAGCGUUAGUGAGUAAUCAUGCUAAUAUUAUCAGUAAACACACAGACCAUCUAAAGUCUGAUGUGGAUUUAUAAAAUGUUGGCAGCUCUGAGACGUGGUCCUGAAAAUGGACACAGACUCAGCGGAUCGGGGUUUUGAUGAGUCCUCAAGAGGGGACAGAAAAACUGGACCAGAUCCCCUCCCAGUCUGUCCCACAGCGGUCCUGAUAUUUGAAGUUCUUAAACGUUUCUGUCGUUAUUCGUCUUCAUCCUCUGAGCUCCAAGAUUAUUUUGCCCCAUCUGACUCACACCGACGCCUCAUUGGUGGAAUCACUCCCACAUCUGUCUCCUGAUUGGUGGAGCCGAGUUUAACCACACGCCCACUCGGCUAGGGCCUUAGUGAUUGGCCGAGCUGUGUUGUUUUUUUCUGCUCUGAAAAGGUUUAAUCCGCAGAAUCCCAUUAGUCUGUCAGAGAACGAGUUAAUCCCUGCCCCGCCCCCCUGCCUCCUCCCGCUCAGUUUUGAGAUUUCACUCUGACUUUGAUUCAAUCAUCUCUGAUCUAAAAGAUUUCAGCUCUGUACUUAGGAAACCUUCAGAGGUGGACUCAAGUUAACCCCACAGAGAACUCAAACACAGUCUGGAUCCUGAGUUCUGGUCCCUGUCUCUGCUCUGCUGGUGCCUGUCUGUAAAUAAAGCUCCUGUUUUCAAAGACCUAAGCCCUCCCCUGAUAAACACAGAGACCUCUGAUAGUCCAAAGAUGUUCCUCAGGGUCAGAACUUAAACCAGACUGAUGAACAGUCUCAGACCUCAGGCCGAGGCUCUGCUAACACCUCUGAAUGUUAGAUGAUUGUUGGGUUGUCACAGUCAGUACGUUUCCAUAACACGCAAGAAAACCAAAUUAUCGCCUUACCCCAAUUAAGACCGGACAACUGAAGUGCAUGUAAACACCUUAUAUUCUAGUCUUUAUAUAACUCUGAUUAUAGUCGGAGAACUCUGAUUAAGACACCCAGAUAAUGCGAUUGGACAUCGAUUUUCUCUACCGUGUAACCAGCGUAGUUGGAGUAUGAUUGGACAAUGCAUGUACGCGUGCGCCACGCCUAGUGCUGGACGAUAAUUCGAUAACAAUAUAUAUCGAUCGAUAGACGUGUGGAGCGAUAGAAAAAAAACGGGUCGAUAAAAAGUUCGAUAGAAAAACACAGUUUCCCUUUCUUUUUCAUCAUAGCCUAUCAUGUAGCUUUUACUACAGUCAUUACUUCCUCCCAACCAAUCACAAACGCAGACCCAGGUACGCUACAGCACCAAGCCCAGCCCCUCUCAAACCACAACAGACAGCACGUGUAUUAGAAAUAAUGUAACAGCAAGGAGAAGCGGAGGAAAUUGUCCCGAAAAAAGGUUUCAGUAGUUCACCAGCAUGGCAAUGUUUUGGUUUUUAGAAGUCUGACAAAAAGCGAACAGCGGUCGUUUGCAAAAUUUGCAGAGAAUUAGUAAAAACCAAGUCUGGUAACACAACCGACUUGUUUUACCAUCUAAACCGGUCGCACCCGCAGGAGUACGAGCUGUGUCGGCCGCGCCGCGGCUCCACGUCGUCGUCGGAGGAGGAAUCCUCUGGAACCGCUGCCAGCACCAGCACAAAGCAUGUGAAGCAGACCAAACUGGACUUCGUUUCUUGCCAAAAUACGACAAAGCGUCCAAGCGGCAUAAGGACAUCACCCAUGCAGUAACAUGCUCCAUAGCGAGGGACAUACUGCUAAUAACUACCGUUGAAAAGCCUGGCUUCGACCAGCUUCUAGCCACUCUCGACCCGCGAUAUGAAGUGCCCGGCCGCAAGUAUUUCUCAAACACAGCGCUUCAGUCAUGAAAAUGGGUCAGGGUGUUGAAAAGGUGAGAAGGGUGCGGAGGAAAUACGCUCCGGUGUAGCUUCUUAAAGUGGAAGAAAAUGAGCUCAUAUUUUACAAAGACGCGAGUAUUUGGAUCAUGGCUACUAGCAGGGGGUGCAUUCGGCAGGGGUGCAUUCUACGACACAACACCGGCGUGGAUAAGUCCUGCUUCUCGUGCUUAGUUUGCGUAUUAAGUCAAUCACAUGAUAAUUAAAAAAAAUAAAUCUCCCGACCCCGGGAGAAAUAUUUCAGUGUUCAGACACCAGGCUGUGGGCAGUUUCUCACACAGUUAAAACUGGUAGUAUGUUAUUCCCACCUAAAGCUAUUCUGUUUAUUUAUAUAUUUGUUUGUUUUGUUUAUUUUCAUCAAAAGACUAUUUAAAUAUUUAUUUAUCAGAUUUUCUGGUCACUUUAGUCUUUAUGUUUGUCAGUAUUUACUGACGUCACUCAGGCCACUUAAGUUGAUUUCUUUUUUUUUUUAGUUCUUUUUUAAAAAACUUUCAGUUGUAAAAUAAAAAAGGUGGUUGAAUAAAGGUUUGAAUUUGAAUUCAGUGCUUGUGUGUUCUUUAUUAAAAGUAGGUCAUUAAGCAAUAGCAUAAAACAUCCAGGGCUGCAAUUAAAAUAUAUGUUAAAUAAUUAUAAUAAUUAUAUCGAUAAUUAUCGAUAUCGAUCAAUAUGAUUUAUUUUUUAUCGAUAUGCUUUUUUUCUAUAUCGUCCAGGCCUAGCCACGCCCCCGUAACCCCAGAACAAAAACCCCUGAGAAGAGGAGUAGCGUGCGUCUCAUCUGCAGAAAAAGUAGCGCGUCCAUCAUGUAGGACAAAAACAACGCUGUACGAUGCUCCAUCUUCUUGCUCCAAAGUUGUAGACACUUCUGACGUCUGGCACAGACCUGCUGUUGUUGUUGAUGGUUGUAUGGGGUCGGAAACAGCGCCGCUGAAAAGACCCAUAUCGCCCCCUAGUUUUUGGGAGGAGGACACGUUCACGUCAACGAUUCAGUUUUCUCAGCUGCACAUAUACGCAGAUGAGAGAAGUCCGAUUCGGCAAAAAAAAGACUAAUUAUGAGCUUAGUCAGAUUAAACUGUGCAUGUAAACGCGCUGAGUGUUUCUGCUGCAUAGAUGGAUAAUUUCUAAUAAGACACCUCAUGUUUUUAUCCUGUUUUCAGGUUCCUAACCUUUUGUUUCUGGCGGUGAGUCCUGAGGAAAAGGAGUCAUGGAUCAACGCCCUCAACGUGGCAAUAAUCAAAGCCAAGAACCGCGUUUUAGACGAGGUACGUAUGACCCGCCUCCUCAUUCGUUUUUAUUUGUGGGUCAGAAACAGUUCUGACCCGUUUACCUCCGUCCAGUGUACUCUCUUACCCCCAAUUUCCACCACACCCUGAACGUCUACUAAAAGGUCGUAUCCUCCGAUCGUAGCUGAUCGUAACCAUUCAAGUUAACGUGUCAAUUUCCAUCGGCUUCUUUCCGUUCCUCUGCUGAUCCCCGGACUCCACAGCUGAUCGCAAGAGUUCUAUUUUUUUGGGACACCAAAGCAUGCCGGAUAAAUUCACCACAGAUUAACCCGUGCUGGAAAUGAAGUCGAGCACAGACACAAAAUAAAACAUCCGGCUUCUUUUCGAAGUAAAAAUAGUGCUGUCAAGCGAUUAAAAAAAUUGAGAGAUUAAUUAAUUAUGAUCUGUAAUUAAUUAAUCUAAUUAAUCUCUUUUUUAAUCUCACCUAAAAAAAAUGCUAAGAAAAGCCCUCAACUUGAGGUAUUUUCAAUUUAAUUCAUUACAUUAAUGUGGCAGAUCAAAAAAUUCAUACAUAACAAAAAAGUGGCUUUAUAAAGUCAUUUAUUUAUUUUUUAACAGACUUGAACAGAUGAAGUCUGAGACUAGUCCCAAGAGCUGCCUACAACCUUUAGUUCUACAACCGGGGGGGGGGGGGGUAUUGCUUUGUCUCUUCGGCAAUCUCCAAAUAAUUAGAAAAUAAAAAUAAAACAAAACAUCAGGUCCAUAUAAAGUACUGUAAGUUAACGCAUCAAAACACUUUUCUGAGCAAUACGAGUGUUGAACACUGAACUUGUUUUUCUUCUGCUUAAAAUAUAAAAAAACAAAACAAACCCGUCACAGUGCUGUAAGUUAGCACAUCAAACAUAACAUUAAAGUGCUGAAAUAACAUCAAGGAAACACCUCUAGUAGGCUACAGAGGACUGUCUGUUGUUGUUCUGUUGGUCCAACGUAGCCUGGACAGCCUCUCGGUCGUGUAAGAGACGUGAUACCAUCACAAGUGUCCAAUUCCACCUUGUCAGUACAUCUUGUAUGAGCUGCUCCCUCUUUUUCCCAAGUGCUACUUGUUGCUGGUUAAGUUCUGUAAUACUCGCCGGGCUUUGUUUAAAAUGGCCAUCAAUCUUGUGGCACUUUGCCAGUACACCCGCAAACCCACUGCUGUCGAUGCAGACCGUGAUGGUCGCGAAAAUCGCUGCUCCACUUCUGAGCUGUUCUGGAUGUGGUGGAAACAAUAAUAAUAAUAAUAAUAAUAAUAUUAAUAAUAAUCAUAAUAGACUGCUGCUCUCAGUGUUGGACCAGGGGGUCAGUUUUUGUGUUUCUGUGCAGGUCACAAUUGAGGAGGACAGUGCAUUGGUUCACCCCACCAGAGAUCGAGCAAAGAUCCCUCAAGCCCGCCGGCUGCCGACCAGAGGACACCUGAUGGCAGUGGUAUGGACAUCUAUGAUCUUUUCCUCUUGAGUUUCUGGUUUUAUGAUCGAGAAACAGUUUUAGGAGUAAAAUUAGGUCUUUGGUGACUCACCACAGGCAUCCACCUCGUCCCACGGCAUGCUGACCCUCGACUUGGUCACUGAGGAGGACGGUUUCUCUCCAGAGUUUGACGGCGACUCCUGGGAGAACGGCUUUCACGUAGACCUUCCAAGGGGGGGUUCAUGCGGACAGGUGUCGGUUAUCGGAUCUCGUGGUUUUGGCGUUCGCCAGCGAGCGGACACUGAUGUUUCAAAGCUGCGGGUGACCACCAAGGAGCCUAAGGUGAAGACCAGCAGUCUGCCUAGGGGGAGUGAGCGAUCCUGGGGUAAACAUUCCCACCUGGAGGUCUCAAAAGUCCACAAGACACAGCAGGUACAGGUUUAAAGGCUUUGGUCCUGAACCUUUUCACUCAGGUUUCAGUUUUCAGGUGUGCCUUGUUUUAAGACCAAAGACAGAGUGGUACAUUAAUGCUUAACUCACCUUAAACAGUGGACCCUGGUCCAAGUCAGAAUACUGGGUUUUACUCUCCAGGUCCUUCAGGCUCAGUCCCGAACACCUCAACCAGGGAAGAGGUUCAGCAUGCAGGGCAGGAGUCGCUGCGCCUCCAUGGAUGAAGUCCUCUCCUCCAGGUACGGAAACACCUGACAGUGAAAGAAGCUGACAUGAACCAGGUUCAAGAGCCGAUUUCUGUCAGAGUCAGAGGACCAGGUUCCUGAAGUGAUGAUGGGGACUCUUUCACUGAGUCUUAAAGGUGGGGUAGUCAGGAUCUGAGUUAGUUCCAGUUUUUAGGAGAAAUCUUGAAUGUAAACACUACCCCUCCCAACCUGUUUUCCCCUCAGCUCCUCCUCUCCCCUCCCUCUCUAGUCCAACAAGCCCCGCCCACAAACAGACGCUCCUGCUCGCUCGUAUCGUUCCAAUUAAAUUCAGAUAUAAUGCAGAUAAAUACUUCGGAUAAUUACAAAUGGGGCCCAGUCAAGGUGAAAGUAAACAGCAUUGGUGCUACUGUAGAUGCCAACAAACUACCAGCAAACACAAUGGCCCUUAUUUAUCAAGCUUGUGCAGAUCUGAGCGCAGAUCUGAGCGCAGGAUUCAUCCUACGAUAAGACACACGUGUGAUUUAUGAAAGGGUUCGUAUCUGACCAAUCGCAGCGUACGUAUGAUCGGGUCUUGAUAAAUGUGACGGCUGAAAUCAAUCGUCAUUAACAUGUUACGGCCUUAAAAAUUCGUGGUUCAGAAGCCCCGCCCACUGAGGUCAAACAUGAAAGAGGAGAAAUAUAACAAAGAUGCGAAACUUUUCCGAGCUGAAAGUGGAUAUCCUCACAUCUGUGGUGGAAACUAACAAACAUUUUCUCUUUGCAAACAUCAAAACUGCUAUAAAAGCAGUCCAGAAAACUCCUGUCUGGAGCAGGAUUAAGGUGGCGCUGAACAGCGCUGCCGCGGAAUAGCGAAGAACGAAGUUGUGCUGGUUACCUGUGAUUAUCAGCUUCUUAUCACAGUGUGAUAAGAAGCUGAUUCUGAACAAAAGAUGAAGGCUUUCUAGCGCGUAUUUAGUUAAUGAAAUGUACACACAGCAGUACAUAUUUCACCACUUUUUCUUUUUUUGGGGGGGUGACAUUUUUUAGUCUUAGAGCAAUCGCCACUGAUUGAAAGUAUUUCGUUUAAUUUGUAGCGUCUUUGUAAUGUAGAGCAGACUGGAGAGUCUGACAGAGGCUGAACAAAAAUAAUUAUUAACGUCACCAAACGGUGUGUUGCUGCCCCUGAGGCACAUUUUUAUGAAUUUCUAUUGGAUUGUUAUCACUGAUUAAAUAGCAAGAGCACUUUCUAAACUUAUACGUUACAUGUCAGAAUCCAUCGAUAAGGUCCUGUCUCCUCUGUGCAGCACCUUUGUGGAGUCUCUCCUCGUCAUUGUUCUCCGGGCAUCGGGUCCUCACGUUGCACCGGCACAGCCAACAGCACUCCAUUCACCAGUGCAACAUUGUGCAAAACUGUACUGGCCCAAAUGAUGUCCCACACCCUUUCAGGAGUGUACAACAACGUCCCCGCUGCUGGGCCAAGACAGAGACACCUGCCUUUUAGGAGUCAAAUGCAGCACUCCACAGUGGCGUGUGUACGUGAGGGCACAAUGUUAAAACGGCGCUCCUGCUCUGUGGCAGUGUUUCUGGGCAGAGUUAUCAAAUAGGCCUAUUCACUACAGACAAAACAAAUUUACUUUAUUUUAUUUACGUCUUAAUUUUUAAUGAAAUCUGUCUGUCUGAUUAAUGCUGGUCCACACGUCAAAAUUUUCGUACGCAAGGUGUACGCAAGUUUUCUGCCAUACGCAAGCUUGAUAAAUGAGGGCCAAUGUUUGCAGGUCUUCCACAACUAGGAUAAAGUGUCAUAGUUCAGGACCCGAGGUCAACAGUUAAGCAGCGCUACAACACGCUACAGCAGGUCCCGUUUGACAAGAAACUCUUCUGUUACAGACACUUGUCUUACUUUGUUAAAGUGGUUUACCUGUCCAGCAGAAAGGUUACAGGGUCACCAAGAUCCCGAAGUGUCCCCCCAUCGUUUAUGUUGACCCGGCUUUUUAACUCUUCUUUUGCCUCUGGGUCCUCUGUUUCUUAUACUCUUCCUCCGUCUUCCAGACCGGCCAUGAUUCGCUCCGAGUUGCGUUCUGCUCUGCGUCGAUAUCCGACCGAAGAGGAGGCAGGAGGCAGAGACUCUGUGCAGCCGGUCGGUCAGCUGCAGAGCCUGAUUGCCCAGAGGAUGCAAAGAGCUCAGGAGCUUCUGGAGGAGAUGAGACUGCAGGUAAGAAUGAUCCAUCUGUCUGAAGGUAAAUAAACUUUCUUCUCUCAGAAUUGGAUGAAAAAUUAAUGGGUCUGAAUGUUGUGACUGACAGGAACUGCAGAAGGCCAAAGCAGACAGAGAGCGAGGAGGAAGCUCACCUUACCUGAAAGGAAUCGAGUCUCCACACCUCCACCACCUGAGGGGCUCCGACUCCCCUCACUCCAGGUUGGUCUGAACAAUCGAAUAGAGUCUGAAUUUAUUAACUUGAAAGUGAACUUAAACCCAUUAAUGUUUAUAACACAAAGAUCCAACUGACAGGUCAGCGAGUUAAACUAGAACUUCAAAAAUGGUUGAUUUUAAAAACUCCAGAGCAAAGGUCCUCCUGGACAGUUUUUGUCUCCUCAUUCCCUUGUUGAGGGUCUGACUUUUGUGUCAUUGCAGAGUGGUCUGUCCACACCAGAAGUUUAGAAAAAAAGCACAAUGUCCUUGUCUUUUCUAAAAUCACCAUCCUCCUGUCCUCUAACCAACCAGUCUGGGUCUUGGACUUGGCUGAUCAUGUAACUGACCCACUUUGACUGAGACCUGGUUUGGCUGGGAUGGAGUUUGUUGGUUGGUUGGAUAGUUGGAAAGGUGAGCUAAUAAGUUAAUUGGCAGGUAGGUUAGUUGGGUAGUGUUGGUCGCUUAAGUGGGUUUGUUAGUCACUUAAGUGGGUUUGUUGGUUGGGUAGGGUUGGUGGGUAAAGUUGGUUUCUUGGUUGGUUAAGUGGGUUUGUCGGUUAGUUAAGUUCGUGUGUUGAUUGGUCAAGUGGGUUUGUUGGUCGUUCAAGUGGGUUUGUUGGUUGGUGAAGUGGGGUUAGUCGGUUAAGUGGGUUUGUUGGUUGGUUAAGUGGGUUUGUUUGUUGGUUGGUUGGGUGGAGUUUGUUGGUUAAGUUGGGUUGUUGGUCAGUUAAGUGGGUUUGUUUGUUGAGUAAGUGGGUUUGUUGGUUGGUUAAGUGUGUUAGUUGAUCAGUUCAGUGGGUUUGUUGGUUGGUUAAGUGGGUUUGUUGGUCAGUUCAGUGGGUUUGAUGGUCGUUUAAGUGAAUUUGAUGGUCGGUUAAGUGGGUUUGUUGGUUGGUUAAGUGCGUUAGUUGGUCAGUUAAGUGGGUUUGUUGGUCACCUAAGUGUGUUUGUUGAGUAAGUGGAUUUGUUGGUCACCUAAGUGAGUUUGUUGGUUGGGUGGGGUUGGUGGGUAAAGUAGGUUUGGUGGUUGGUUAAGUGGGUUGGUUGGUCAGUUAAGUUGGUGUGUUGAUUGGUCAAGUGGGUUUGUUGGUUGGGUAAGUGGGGUUUGUUGGUUGGUUAAGUGGGGUUGUUUGUUGGUUGUUUGGAUGGAGUUUGUCGGUUAAGUUGGUUUGUUGGUCAGUAAAGUGGGUUUGAUGGUCGUUUAAGUGAGUUUGAUGGUCGGUAAAGUGGGUUUGUUGGUAGGUUAAGUAGGUUUGUUGGUCAGUUAAGUGUGUUUGUUGGUUGGUUAAGUGGGUUUGUUGGUUGGUUAAGUGGGUUUGUUGGUCAGAUCAGUGGGUUUGUUGGUUGGUUAAGUGGGUUUGUUUGUUGGUUGGUUGGGUGGAGUUUGUUGGUUAAGUUGGGUUGUUGGUCAGUUAAGUGGGUUUGUUUGUUGAGUAAGUGGGUUUGUUGGUUGGUUAAGUGUGUUAGUUGAUCAGUUCAGUGGGUUUGUUGGUUGGUUAAGUGGGUUUGUUGGUCAGUUCAGUGGGUUUGAUGGUCGUUUAAGUGAAUUUGAUGGUUGGUUAAGUGGGUUUGUUGGUUGGUUAAGUGCGUUAGUUGGUCAGUUAAGUGGGUUUGUUGGUCACCUAAGUGGGUUUGUUGGUCGGUUAGGUGGAUUUGUUGGUCACCUAAGUGAGUUUGUUGGUUGGGUGGGGUUGGUGGGUAAAGUAGGUUUGGUGGUUGGUUAAGUGGGUUGGUUGGUCAGUUAAGUUGGUGUGUUGAUUGGUCAAGUGGGUUUGUUGGUUGGUUAAGUGGGGUUGUUUGUUGGUUGUUUGGAUGGAGUUUGUCGGUUAAGUUGGUUUGUUGGUCAGUUAAGUGGGUUUGAUGGUCAGUUAAGUGUGUUUGUUGGUUGGUUAAGUGCGUUUGUUGGUCAGAUCAGUGGGUUUGUUGUUUGGUUAAGUGGGUUUGUUGGUUGGUUAAGUAGGUCUGUUGGUUGGUUAAGUCGGUUUAUUGGUUGGUUGGGUGGGGUUGGUCAGUUGGGGAGGGGGGGUUUAGGGGCAGCAUUAAGACUUGGAAAGUUCUGAUCAUGCUGACAUUCAGACCCUCUUUGAUUCAGGACGAUGUGUCAGGUUAAAGUUUUGGUACUGUGUUUUCUUGGCCCAGUACCCAGUUUUCAGACUGUUUCUCAUGUUCGUCCGCGUUUGUUGACUUCUGGUCAUCCUCAGCAGGUCGUCUGGCUCUCCUAGGAGCAGAAGCAGCGACUCUCCUCGUCUCCGGGGUAAAGAUUCUCCUCGUCCGAGAGGGAGAGAGUGUCCUCGAUCCAAAGCCAAGAAGAACCGCACCAAAGGGACCGACUCACCUCGCUCCAGAGGAUCUCACUCACCAGCAGCGAAAGCCCAGGACUUGCCGUGCCUGAAGGACUUGCCUCGCCUGAAGGACUUCACCAAGAGCUCAGAGAAACUCCACUCACCAAAACUCAGAGGAUCCACUUCCUGUCUCAAAGAGGACGGCUCUCCUGUCCAGAAAGCUCCUGAAUCCCCUCCUCGAGUCCAAGGACUCGAGUCCUCUCAGGUCAAAGGAUCCGAGUCACCGCAGGGCAGCGAGACCGACUCUCCUUGUCUGAGCAGCGGGAAAGACUCGUCCUGUCCGAGUCAGAAGAACUCCCCGAGACUGUCGGGAUCCUCCGAGUCCUCACAGCCUAAAACCCCCGAUAAACACCACCUGACGCCCCCUCUGCCUGCCUCACCUCCCUCCCUGCUGUCCGACAAUGACCUUGAGGUGGAGCAGCGGCGUGCAGAGGCUGAGCGCCUCCUGGAAGAGGCGGUGUCAUCGUGGAAGGAGGCACAGGAGGUGCUGCAGGAGGUGAAGGAGCUGCAGAGCCAGACUCUGCGGCGGCAGCGCAGGAGGACCUACGAGAAGAUGACCACCACAGUGGCUGCAGCGACCUUGCCAGCGGAUGAGGAUGACACGCCCACCUCGCCAACGUCACCUGAGGAGGAGGAGGAGUCAGAGACACCUUAA